CCCUAGCACAGGGAAACUCCACUACUUCAUAAUACUUACUAUAAAUCAACCCUUGGACAUAGAGUCAAGCCAGUUCAUAAAAUGAAAAUGUUUUCAUCAUCUUACCGCCAAGGUUUUUCCUUCUCUAUUGUUCAUAUUGUCAAUCUUGGCGUAAAGCCAUUUUGGAUUGAAGUAAGUUAUUUCAUGAUCCUUUCAUUGUUAGGUUUUUUAGCUUUGACUAUUUCAAAACCUAGAACUCUGCCGUCAUUUAGGCCUCAAAACCUUGAUGUGUUUUUCACUUCUGUUUCUGCUGCCACAGUUUCUAGCAUGUCCACUGUUGAAAUGGAGGUUUUCUCAAACGCUCAACUUGUCUUCUUAACCAUAUUAAUAUUUCUUGGUGGGGAGGUUGUUACCUCUUUUCUUAGACUUCAACUCAUGAAGUCCAAAAUUUCCAUGGAAAAAACGGUUUUACAAAACAAAAUUGAAUCUUCAAACUCUAUUAUUAGCAUAGAUUCUCACGACUCUUCAAACUCUACUAGGAACUCCAUCCAUCAUCUUGAGCUAGGACAUGAAAAAGAGGAUAAUAAUUUUGAACAUGCAAUAACCAAUUCUAUGGAGGACAGUGAGACAAUUAAUGUCAAAUUGAAGUCUUUAAGAUUCUUGAGUUAUGUGGUUUUUGGUUAUACUCUAGGUGUUGUUAUUCUUGGUUCUUCCUUAGUUUCUAUCUACAUAAGCUUUAUUCCAAGUGCAAAACAAGUUCUCAAAGAAAAGGAGCUUAACUUGCAUACUUUUUCCCUCUUCACCACGGUUUCAACAUUUGCAAAUUGUGGGUUUGUCCCUACAAAUGAAAACAUGAUGGUUUUCAAGAAAAAUUCAAGCCUUCUUCUCAUUCUUAUCCCUCAAGUCCUUUUUGGAAACACAUUGUAUGCUCCUUGUUUACUGUAACGACCCGGCCGGUCGUUUUGAGUAUUAUAAUCCCAUUUCUCCAUUUACUACUCAGGUUAUGCUUUACAGUUUUUUAUGACUUACCGUGUUAAUUGGUUUGGGCCAGGAAGAAUUUCGGAGUGAAAU